UAUGGCGCCUAAGAGAACUAUAGCGCCUAAGAGAACAAAAGGUAUGUCUAUGGAGGAGUUGAUUCCACCUUCUCCUGUGAGACCAAGAAAGGGUCAGUUGCAAGCACGAUCAGCUAAACGUGUGUCUGCUUCUGGUCAAUAUAAACGGCAUCGACCCAAUACAUCUCGAAAUCAACAAGAAGCUCAAUUGGUGACACCUACAACUGCUCAAUCAGAGACACAUCAGCAUCAUGUGGCUGAAGCUAGUCCAGAGGAGCCUGUUACAACCCAAUUACACGAGUCAGGUCAAAUUAAUGAAAGAGCUAAGAAAGGUAGGGGUGCUGCUUGUGGUAUGCCUGAAUGGGGAACUGGAAAAAUAGCACAUAUUGAAUUUGAUGCUAAUUAGAUGCCUAUCAGUGAAAAUGGGAAGGGGUUUAGUUCACAACUUGGAAUCUUGGCCCGAGAUGGACAGAAGGUUCCUCUAACCUUAACUUCGUGGACUGCCAUGCCAGAUGAUGUUUUGGAUGACAUUUGGAAAGAUGUCAAGGAAAUGUGUGAGACGAAUAAAUCUAGCCGUGCACAAGGAGGAGGUGUCCCUCAUAGGACUGGUCGAAAAUCGUUUGCUAGACUACGAAAAGAGAUGAUGGAGAAUGGAGAGAAAAUAGAUCGUGUGAGCAUGUUUGUCAAAACAAGAGCUAUGAAAACAAGGAAUGAUGAUGGUCAACCAAUUGAAGUACAUGAUGAGGAGGCUACUGCCGUCAUUAGUCAAUUCAAUGAAUAUUUGAGGGACAUGCCAGAAGAUGAACAAGAUGAUACUUUUCGUGAAGAGGUAUUUACUGCAGUGAUGGGAGAAGAUACACAUGGGCGUGUUCGCAUGUAUGGAACAGGUGUAACUCCAUCUCAAGUGUUUGGUAACUCAAAAACUUCUGAGACUACUGAAAAGAAGACAAUUGAGGAAAUGGAAAAGACAAUUGAGGAAAUGGAAAAGAAAUACCAAACAAAGCUAGAUGAUCUCAAAGAAAGCCAUGAAUCUCAAUUGGGAGACAUGAAAUUAAAGUACGAAGAUGUGUCGAAUCAUCUCAAUCUUUUGAUGGCACAUGUUGGUAUCCAAGUAAACCAAAGUGGAAGUACAAGUGAACAGCAAUUAAGGCGUACUAUAGAUGGCCAUCAUCAAUUGGAUUUGGAAGGUCAGCAGUAAUUAGCCUCGUCUACAAACACAAAUUCAUUAUGAACCGUAAGGUUGGA